CUUACGUCAGUUAGAAAUUCAUUCAGUUCGCUGGUGGUAUUCAUUGACGUUGUCAACUUGCGAAGCGAAUUAUUUAAAAUAUAAAACUAACAUCGAACUGCAAAAUAUUGUGCAGUUUUAGGAUUUUUAAACUUUUCUUUGCAUUAAGAUUGUAAAAGAAUCCUUUCAAUAUGAGUUUAGUAGCUAACACCGGGAAAUUGGCUGGACGGACGCUGUUCAUUACUGGUGCCUCCCGUGGUAUUGGUAAGGCUAUUGCUCUGAAGGCCGCGAAGGAUGGUGCCAACGUUGUUAUUGCCGCUAAAACAGCUGAACCGCAUCCCAAGCUACCUGGCACUAUUUACACGGCUGCCGAAGAAAUUGAAGCUCUAGGAGGCAAGGCCCUGCCCUGCAUUGUAGAUGUAAGAGAUGAGAAACAAAUCCAGAAGGCUGUUGAUGAGGCUGUUAAGAAGUUCAACGGUAUCGAUAUCCUGGUGAACAAUGCGUCCGCCAUUGUUCUGACUGACACCGCCAACACGGACAUGAAGAGAUACGACCUCAUGCACAACAUCAACACCAGGGGAACAUUCUUGGCUUCCAAGCUGUGCCUGCCUUACCUGAAAGCCAGCAACCAUGCUCACAUCCUCAACUUGUCGCCUCCCCUGAACAUGAACCCCUACUGGUUCUCUCUCCACGUAGCUUACACAAUGGCCAAGUACGGCAUGUCUAUGUGUGUGCUCGGUAUGGCUGAGGAGUUCAAGCAGGACAACAUCGCAGUCAACGCCCUCUGGCCUAAGACUGCUAUCGCGACCGCCGCCAUUGAGAUGUUGACCGGCACGAGCUCCACCAGCCGCAAGGUGGACAUCGUCUCUGAUGCCGCCUACGUCAUCCUUAGCAAGGAUCCUAAAACCUACACGGGCAACUUUGCGAUCGACGAGGAUGUUGUCAAGUCUGUCGGCGUCAAGGACUUGACACCCUACGCUUGCGAUCCCAAUAACGUAAACAAUUUGCUACCCGACUUCUUCCUGGACCUACCUACUAUGAAAGAGGGAAUCAAAUCCAAAGCCAAACCGGAAGGCUCGUCAGACGGUCAAAUCCCGACCCUCUUUGCUUCCAUCAGCAAAGUCCUCUCCUCAGACCUGGUACAAAAGACUCAGGCUGUCUACCAGUUCAAUGUCAAAGGUAAGGAAGAGGGCGUAUGGCACAUCGACCUGAAGAACGGAGACGGACAAUGUGGUCAGGGUGAGCCCAAGAACCCACCGGACGCGACUCUCACCAUGGAUGGACAACACUUUGCUGAGAUGUUUGCGGGCAAACUGAAGCCAACCACUGCAUUCAUGAUGGGCAAACUGAAGAUCAAAGGAGAUAUCCAGAAGGCUAUGAAGUUGGAGAAAAUGAUGAAAUCACUCCAAAAGAAGAAGUAAAGCUAUAACAUCUUUCCUUGGCAUACUUGUACAACUAUGAUAUAGUGCAAUAGAAUCACAAGUACUUGCAAAGGAAGUGUUUUGUUAUCAUAGGAAUAUUUUAAUUGUACACAUACAUUAUGUAAGGAGAAUCUAACAGGCAUUGAAUUGUGUAACUCUAGCAGUUACUAAUUUGUGAGUCUAUGUACAUCCUUUGAUAAUGUGGCUAUUAUUUCAUUGUGAAGCAAGACAAUAAACAGACUGCACUGAAAAUUGUAUAUUAUGUAUGUUAACUUGUAUAUUUGUAAGUACAUUGGAUAAAUAAUUUGAGUUGUUUUUAAUAAAAGUUUUAUACAAUGAUGUAUUGAUUGGUCUCUUAUAUCAAUAUGAAGGAAUUCUUCAAAGUUGUUAAAUGCAAUCAUUGUAAACUAGUUACUAUCUGGUGCCUUACAUUAAACUGCCAAAUAUAUUUUUCAUGCAGCAAUAGUAUUUUUUUUAAAACUGAACAUGUAUUGAAAUAUUAUAAUGUUGUAAAUAAAAAGUAUUUUUACAAACAGAUU